AUGAGGGACGUAGGCCAAGGUCAUGGCCAACGUCGACAGAUUAACGGUAGUCAUACGUUUGACACGAAUGAAGUGAGUGUUUUCACUCGUCUUGGCCUGAGCGGCUUUACCACCUGCCUCAUGUUCCCCGGACAGCUCAAUGCUGACCUGAGGAAGCUGGCUGUAAACAUGGUGCCAUUCCCUCGUCUGCAUUUUUUCAUUCCAGGCUUCGCUCCCCUCACAAGCCGAGGCGGCCAGCAGUACAGGGCCCUCACUGUACCAGAGCUCACCCAGCAGAUGUUCGACGCAAAGAACAUGAUGGCUGCCUGCGACCCACGUCACGGCCGCUACCUGACAGCAGCUGCUAUCUUCCGUGGCCGCAUGUCCAUGAAAAAGGUGGACGAACACAUGCUUAGCUUAAGAAACAAAAACAGCAGCCACUUUGUUGAAUGGAUCCCUGAUAAUGUGAUGACCUCUGUCUGUGACAUCCCUCCUCGUGGCCUCAAGAUGGCUGCGACAUUGAUCGGCAACAACACAGCCAUCCAGGAGCCGUUCAAGCGCAUCUCUGAGCAGUUCACAGCCAUGUUCAGGCGCAGAGCUUUCCUCCAUUGGUACAUCGGCGAGGGUAUGGAAGAGAUGGAGUUCACCGAGGCUGAGAGCAACAUGAACGACCUGGUGUCCGAGUACCAGCAGUACCAGGACGCCACCGUCGAGGAGGAGGGAGAGUUUGAGGAGGAGGAGGAGGAGCUUGCCUAA